GAUGCAACACUACCUGCUCUCCUAGUCUCUGGAUCGUCUACGAUAUUCCAAAACACGUCAAGUACAGCAAACUCUUCGCUAAGUUUGUCAGCUGUUGAUAGCUUAUGCUUGCCUAGUAAUUCAGAAGUGGAGAGCUGUAGUUUAGCGAACGGAUGCGCAGCAAGCACGCCUUUGGGCGGUUUGGCCCUGCCGCUGACGUCCACUAGUGGGUUGUGUUCGACCUCCUCGCCGUCCGCGGUUGCCUGGUUGAUGAAUGAGGAUAGUGCAGGUGGAGUCAAGAGCGAGGUGCGGAGCCCGGGCCUGUGCGAGGCAGACGUGGCGCUGUACGGCGACACCCUGCCGUAUGAUCAGACAGCGCUGCCAUACCAGUACUAUAAUAGUAUGCAACAGUAUGGCAGCGGCGGCGCUACGUCAUCGUAUGUCGGCUCCACGCUGUACAACCAGCCAUACGCCGCCUACCCGGCGCAUAACUCUAACAAUAGGUCCUCGUGCAAAGCGACGCCGACGUAUCUGAGUGCGUACGGCGUGAGCGGAGUGGGCGGCGUGUCCAGUACCGGCUUCGGAACCCAACCGUCGCCAUACGCGUACUCUUCCUAUAAUGGGGGACUGGCCCAAUCAUUUCCCACUGCCCAGCAGGACUAUAGUAGUUACGCAGCAGGAUACGCGGAACACAACAUGUCUCAGUACAGCGGAUACUACGCCGCACCGAGUUACUCGCCGUACGUGAGCUCGCCAAGCAGUAGUGGAAGUGUCGGACACACUUCAUACCAUUUGGGAGGAGCUCUAUCAGAUUCCCCAUCAUCUAUGCUGCCUUCAAUAAAUGACACAAGUCCACUUUCCCCGAUCAAGAGUGAAAUACAUGCUAGUCGCAGGUGUAGAGAAAAUUCUGGAGAAAGCACAGUGAGUCGAACGCGGGGCAGAGGACGUCGCCACACAUCCUCGUCUCCAGCGCAGCAUGUACCAGAACCAGCUACGGACAGGGUCUUUAUAUGGGAUUUAGAUGAGACGAUUAUCAUAUUCCAUUCUUUGCUAACGGGGACUUACGCUACUAAGUACAAUAAGGAUACUCAACAAAUAGUUCAAUUGGGAUUUAGGAUGGAGGAAAUGAUAUUCAGCUUGGCUGACACACAUUUCUUCUUCAAUGAUGUGGAGGAUUGCGACCAGGAGCACAUAGACGCGGUAGCGGCAGACGAUAACGGGCAAGACCUCUCCGCGUACAAUUUUGCUUCAGACGGCUUCCACGCGGGCGCCGCACCUGCUACAGGUUUAUGUGCGCCUGGUGUCCGCGGCGGAGUCGACUGGAUGAGAAAGCUGGCUUUUAGAUAUAGGAAGAUUAAAGAUGUUUACAAUAAUUAUAGAAAUAGUGUGGGUGGUCUACUAGGACCAGCGAAGAGAGAACAGUGGUUACAACUGAGGGCGGAACUAGAGCAGGCCACGGAUAACUGGUUAACCCUUGCUUGCAAAUGUCUCAACAUGAUCAACUCCAGAGAGAACUGCGUGAACGUUCUGGUGACGACAACGCAACUAGUGCCGGCUCUAGCUAAAGUACUAUUAUUUGGUCUAGGAGGGGUGUUCCCCAUAGAGAACAUAUACUCGGCCACUAAGACAGGAAAAGAAACCUGUUUCGAGAAAAUCAAACAGCGUUUCGGCGAGCGGUGUACCUACGUCGUCAUAGGCGACGGGCAAGACGAAGAGGCGGCCGCCAAAGCGAAGAACUACCCAUUCUGGAGGAUAUCCAGCCAUUCUGACAUCGCCGCGCUGUACAACGCGUUAGACAUGGGCUUCUUAUGAUUUGCUGCUAUCCUGGUACCAUCCUUUGUUGAAAUUAUGUUUUGUGGUAUUUCGUUAACGAUAUACCGACAAAAUGCAAGGAAAUAUGUUAGAAUUACCCAUUCUGGAUAAUAUCCAUCCAUUCUGAUAUCGCCGCGCUGUUCAAGGAGUUAGACAUGGGCUUCUUAUGAUUUGCUGCUAUCCUGGUACCAUCCUUUGUUAAAAUGAUCUUUUUUGGUAUUUUGUUAACGAUUUACCGACAAAUGCAAGGAAAAUAUUCUGAGUACGCUACGUAUGCAAUAUGUAAAUCCGUCUUUAAAACGGUCGUUUUGGUUAUUUUGAUGCAAAUUGCCGUCAAAUUGAGAGAUAACUUGUGAGGACUACCCAUUCUAAAGAAUAUCCAUCUGAUAUCGCCGCGCUAUACAACGCGUUAGAUAUUGGCUUAUAUUUUUUGUCAUUAAAUGUCAAUAAUGACCGAUAGUAAACAAGACAUCUAUAACAUGCAUUUUACAUUUCAAUUCAAAAGUGUUUUUGUAGUAAACAAAAAUAUUGUUUCGAAGCCCCUUAUCAAGUACAUUUAAAUAUUUUUUUCAUUAUAAGGGGCUGGCUAUACACGAUUUACGAUAAAUUUAGUUGAAAGCUCAAAGUUAGCUCAAACCUUCGAAAAACAAAUUAACUAUUGUAAAUACAAUGUAUUAGGAGUUAAGUUCAUUCCUAUUUACGUAAGUUUUAUAUUCUAUACAAUGUACAGAUUUAAUUAGUCAAUUUAGAAUGUAUUUAUAAAAAUAUUUCAGAGCUACUAUUUUUUAUUUUACGAUUUUCUAUAUUGUGGAGGGGGAACAGUUUUUUUUUAUUCAAAGUAAAAAAUAAACUCCUUAUAAGCAAAGUUCUUGCAAGAUGACCGGAAAAAUAAAUAAAUAUAAAAGACUCAUUUAUAAUUGAGUCUUUAAAAUUCUCUAGGCAAUCGGGCAGCUGACAUACAAUAAAUUUAACAGCAAAGCAAUAAUUUAUAAAUAACUUCUUAUACUUAAUCAAGUCAUAAAAGCCGAAAAAUCAUCGUUUUUAGGUCUAACAAUAAAAUGAUUUAUAACAAAUUGUGCCAAAAUAUAACAGCUUACUAUAAGAACACUAGCUGCAUAAAAUUCGAAAAAUGUAUUUGCUUUUAGCACGUUCAUUUGUUUAAGCUUGAAGGCAACACCGAAAAUUUCUAUUGUGAAAAUUGUUCUUUCUGUAUUGUUAAGUCUGUAGUACUCAAAGUUCUGCAAUUUUUAUUUUUCUGGUUCAUCUCAGUUUGUAAUUCUGUUGUUGGUAUCAGAUAAAAAUUAUUUUAUCUGUGCAAUCAAACAUUUUUGUACAUCAAAAUUACUCAUACUUAUGCACAGUGCACAAUAUUGUUUUAUAUUUUAUUUUUCUAACAGAUUUUAAAUAUAUAAUUUUGUACUACCACAAUCUUUAGAACUGAAAGUGAUAAAGUUUAAGCCACUAGUGACAUUAAUUCGUUCACCUAGUUUUAACCAUACUUUGGUCAUUUGUUUUAACAAAACUUACGAAUAUACUGUAAUGCAAUAAGAAUGUAAAUUAAUCCAUACAAUACUAAGGUAAACUGACAAAAUUUGAUAGCAAUAUUUGUAUUGAAAUGGUCGAAAUUAGAAAUUUGUAUAUAAAAAUCUAUCAUAGAAUAAUAGUUUGUUCUUAUUGCGAUAAUAGUAAUAUGAAUCUGAUUCGAAAGUUAUCAUUAU